AUGGCAGCUGUUUGCGCUGCUGGAGCCGGCGUGCCUGGGACCCGGGGUCAAGCGGGCGGCCCCAAAGGAGGAGGGGGAGGGGGACCACCCGGCUUCUUCAGCUCACUCGGAGACGUACUCGCCAACCACCACAUCUCCAACUUCUUGUACGGCUCAAUACCUGCCCGUCGCCAAUCUGCCCCGAUCCACCACCGCAAGAAACGCCACGGGUACACGCGCCCCAUGUCCAGAGACUACCGCGACGCCCCGGAGCAGGACGCCAGCCCCGAGGAGGUGCACGCCUGGAUGUUGAAGGUGUUCGCUCGCCGCUCGCACCCGCACCCCGAACAGGCUCUCGAGGACACCAACUGGUCUGGCCGCGACCUGCACCGAUCCACGUAUCUUGCGACCCGACGACGCUUUCAGCUUGAACCGGAUGGCUACACUAUUGCACACGACCUGUGCGAUGCUCUCAGGGUAUGA